CAGAGUCUUUCCGUUCUGUUUGCAAAAUGGCUAGUUUCUUGAAACAGCUGUCCGUUCUUCUCGGACUGGUGGCCAUCGCCAGCAGCCAAGAACUGGUCUGUACUUCACCGUCCAAGUUCCACAUUCCGACCGUUGUGCACAACUGGAUCGGAGCCGUCGAGUACUGCCACCUGCUCGGAAUGCGCCUCGCCGUAGUGGACUCGGAAGCGAAGCACAACGAAAUCGUCCGUCUCGUGGAGUUCUCGAAAAUUUACAACAUGACCAAAACGGACCUCUGGAUCGGGGCGAGUGAUCUUGCACAGGAGGGCAACUUUGUAUGGCACGCUACCGGUAUGGAACCAACCUUUAGCAAGUGGAACAGAUUGCAGCCGGACAAUGCUGGAGGCACGGAACACUGCGUGCACAUGUGGUACGAACCGACCAAGAACUGGAACUGGCACUGGAACGAUUGGAACUGUGAGCUGAAGUUAACUUUCGUGUGUGAAAAUGCACCCCGAUGGGAUGAUUCGCACCUAGUGAGCCGACCCUAACAU